AUGGAGUAUCGAGCCCCACACCCGAUGAGCUCCGGGGCGCCCUACUACCCCCACCCUGGUGUGAGCGCGAAUAAGAUCGCCAAACGCAACGACCUGGCCCCCAACAAGGGGGGCCCGUUCGCGGCGGCGCUACGCACGCUAGCCAAGAACGCGGGCCCCGAGAAGGACGGUGCCGGCGCACCCCCCGCAGAGCGCGACGCAAAGGAAAAGCCGCCGCCGGCGAAGCGCGCCUCCCCCCACCACCUGCCGGCCAGCGGGUUCCAACCCUACCGACCUGAUGAAAGGUUGUCCCACCCUGCGGCUGCGUCGUUCCCGCUCCUGGAGCCGACGUACUCGCCCUAUGCGCACCCCUCGCUUUACUCUAGCGCUGCGUUGCAAUACAGGCUAGCAGCAGAAGAACAAAUGUACUUAGAAAGGGUAUUCCGUGGGGGUGUCGGCAUGGGGGUGGGGGUUGGGUGGUUGCCGCCUUAUGCCCUCUACCCCCCGCUAGCGCCGCCCCUGCCCCUGGUGCCCCACGCACCCCAUGGGCCACAUGGACCCCACGGACCCCAUGGGCCCCACGCACCGCACGGACCUCACGGCCCACACGGGCCCCACGCCAUACACGAAGACAGGGAGAAAGAAAUCGCGUUGCAGCGGGAAAGAGAAAGGGAAAGAGAACGAGAAAGAGAAAGAGAGCGAGAGCAGCGAGAGAAAGAGCAGAGAGAGAGGGCGGCGAGGGAGAAAGAGUCCCGAGCGCGAGAGGCCCUAGCCGCGGCCGCCCUACACGCGCCCCACGCGCUGCCCUACGCCCUACCCCGCGCCCUACCGCCCUUACUCUACCGCCCCUACCGCACCUUCGCCGACUACGAGCCAGAGGACGAGCGAACUAGAGCCAGCAAGGCGAGUCAACCAGUAACGUCCAUAGAAGAAGAAAGGCCAGUCGUUGUACAAGAAAAUAAUAUUACGACUGUCGCUCCCAUAACUAAGCCUCCUGAACCAACAAAACCUGAAGAACCACCUCCCUUUCAUGAAAAACCUUGCCCUCCCACUUUCGUAGCUCCAAAACUCAUAUCACAUUCACCUAAAAUAUCUCCAUCUUCAAUACCAAACCCAAGUCCAAGUGUCACGACUACAAAACAGGUUGAACCAGGAUAUCCUAAUUAUGGCGGCUACAUGUAUUCCGUACCUGGUUAUUCUGCUUUCCAACCAGUGUCUUAUCCCGGAAUAGUCCAGCCAACACCAACUGUUGUACCUCAAACUAAUAACUCAGAUAAUUCUAAAACUGAAUUCGUUCCUUUUCCUGUAGCAUCAAAGAAAGACAUUACCCAAAUACCGCAAGAAAUUGAAAAAAUUGAUAGUGUAACAACUGAAAAUCAGGCACAAGCUAAUGUUCCCAAUGCACAAAAAGAUCUUGAAGAAAAAUUUGCUCCGGAGGUUAUUCCUUCUGUACCUACGAGUGAAGUAAAUAAAAAUCAAAUAAAUGAAUCAAAAUUAUGUGUGACGUCAUUAGCUCAGGGAUCAGCCUCACAUGUAGCUAUACCCCCUCAAAUUACUAAUAAAGAUAUAAAAAAGAAACCACCCGAAAGAUUCAGUCUUAAAACAAGUAUCCCAAUUAGUAAAAUUGAUAUGAAAUGUGUUAGUAAUCCCCCAGACUCUAUGUUUCAAAGUAAUUUACCUAAAAAGCCUUUUAAUCCAGCAUUUCAUACACCAAAUAUAAAAGAAAAUGGUCCUAAAAUAGAAAUACAAAGUAAUAUAGUAAUUAAAAGUGCAACGAGAGAAUCAGAUGUGAUGGAAAUAGCGAACGUUCCCCCAAUUAGUAAUAGCAUAAGCACUUUAAUCAAUGCAGCAGAAGCUAUUAGCAAAACAGAUACACAAUUUAAAACACCGGAUCCAAAACCCGAACUGCCGAAUGACACCAAGGAACCAGCAUUUUCACCUCCAACAACAGUUGCUCCAACACGUCCUCUUUUUAAUCCAAUCAAUUUAGAUUCAAGUAAGCCGAAUAUUCCCACGAAACCACCAGAUCCACCAUUCAACGAAUCAAAGAACCAAAUUGUUUUCAUACAAAACAAAAAUCAAUCAAAUACAAAAAUGUUACUAGCUAUUCAACAACAAAACCCUCAAGUACUUCUACAAAGGACAAAUUUUGAUUCAAAAAACUUGCAAGCUCCUUCACGACCGUCAAGCCAAUCAAAAAAAUGUAAAGAAGAGCUCGUCAAUGAAAAUGGAACAUCGUCCAAAGUUGUUUCUUUGAAACGAAUGCAUCAGGACAAUUGUGACGAGAAUGACUUUGAAAAUUUAAUUACAGAAAAUCAAAUAUAUGGCAAUAAGAUUGUCGUGAAGGAGAAAUCGCAAGGUACCUCACAGGAACAAGACUUGAAAAACAAAUCUAGAUCUGACAAACCUAAUCAAACUGAAACUAAAAAUGUUGUGCUACAGCCGAAUUUUGUCUAUUUAAGUAAUGUUCAGUUUCCAGCGAAUCUGAUGAUGAUAAAAAAUAAUACUAAAGUGACAGAAUCAACGAAAAUAAGAAUGACAUCUAAUGAAAAUAAACAAAACGAUAUAGCCACAACAGCUUCUAACAAUGAAUUGAUUAAGACUAGCAAGCCACAAAAUGUACCGGUAAGUAAAGAAAUUCAUGUACUAAAAUCUAGCAAUAAUGUUUUACAAACUCUACCUAGUAAAAACAACAAACCAGACAUAGUUUUUCAAGCACCAAACCAAAAAGUUAUAAUGAAUUCACAAAUUGUGUACCAAGUUCCUAUGAUCAUGGAUUCAGAUAACAAAUUGAAUCAAACAUUUGUCAAAGAAUAUCCUAAGAUCGUCGGUCAAAACAAAAGAGACAUUCAAAAACCUUUCGACCAAACUAAGUCAAAUGACAAGCUUUACAUAGCCUGUCCUUAUCAAAUGGACUCUAAACUUCAACCAAAGAUUGUUAUAACAAAUAUUAGGCCUAAAAUAACUAAAGUAGAAGAAGUCAGUACACUUGACAUUUACGAGCAACGUAAGAAAUUACGUAGACUAAAAUAUUUAUCAAAUCGUGAUUCAAAAAGUGGUCAAAGUAAUGAAACUCACAAAUCAGAGAUAAAGAAAACACAAGAUAACCUAAAAAAUAUUAUAACCCCAGAAAAAAUGAAAGAAGAAAUUUAUAAAGAAUUCGCUACUACUAAAAUAAGUGUUCAUGAAGAUAGUAACGAGAGCGAUAGUGACUAUGGUGAAGACGAAUUAGAUAAAUAUCAAACAAUAAUAGACGAAUAUGGACAAAUUGUAGAACAUAAAGAAGCUAAAGAAAAUGAACUCAGGAAAGCAGAGUUUCUUGCACAUUUCAAAUUAGCUACACAAGAUGAAUGUAAAGAAAUUGAACUAGAUCGCCAAGAAAGGAUAAUCCAAAAAGACUCAGUCGCAUCAGCCUAUAUUGCUGCUGGAAGAAUAGAUUGUCUUCAAAAAGAAGAAAAUAUACCAGAGAAACGUAAAUCAGGUGUACCAACUACGGAAAACCUUAACAUCGAGUUAAUUGAAAAAGAUGAAGGGGUUGAUCAGCAAAGUAAAAGAAGUUUUUUAAAUAACUUCAAUUUAACUAAAGUGUCACCACAUUAUAAAGAAGGCUAUGAAAAAGUAUGGCAUGAAAUAAUAAAAGAAAGAAAAAGAAGGGAAGAUCCAACGGAAUCUGGCAUUAUAUUAAAGCAAGCAAGACUUCAGGCCAAAAUCGUAGAACUUGAUCCAAGUGGUCAACUUCAAAUAUUAACGGAAAUAAAGAAACAUGUUAAUAAAAACAACAACCUUAUAAAGAAAAGAUUUGACUCGUAUUGUGACGAUGGGGAAAGUAUUAAAAUACUCGCUGAAAAAAAUUUCUCCGAACUAAAUCGUUUGUCCAAAAUGGCGGAUAGGAGUGUUAAACACUUUAGUGGGCAAGAAACGAGAAAAAGAGAUCUAAAUCCUGGUUUCGACAGCGAAAAUAUCCAAAAACCAAGACAAGGAAAAUAUUAUCCAGACAUCAAUAUACCAAACAUAUCAAAGAUUAUCUCCUUAAAAACAGUUCAAAGUGUCAAUACGGUAUCUUCAAGUCAGGCUACCUCGAUGGACGAACCACAAAAUUCGGCUGGAGGUGUUAAAGAAAUAUUUUCCGAUGACUUAGACAAAGCUCAGGAUUUUAGUUGCCAAGUUGAUAGCUUAUCUUCUUGGCCAGGCAUAGAAACUAUUAUCAAAAACUACAAGGAAUACGAAAUAGUGCGAAAAAAAGAGAUAGCCGAUCUGCACAAGCGAAAUACAGCUCUUCGAGUAGAGUCUGCGCACAUCACUCGCGCGGCGUCCAGAGACACCGACAGAGCGAGAGCUCUCCUCGCGGAAAGGAGAAACUUGGCUAAUGAAGAACGAGCCGUGCGAAAUUCUAUACAAUGGAUGUAUAGCGUUGUGGACAUUGUUAGAAACUACGAAGAAAAAUGGAGU